ACCAAUCAGCUUCAGCGAAUUUUUCAGUAUUACUCAUCAGAGAACCCUCGAAAGUUGGCAAUCUUCAUGGAGUAAUGGAGAACUUAGAAGGUGGCUAUAUUCGAUAAUCCCUAAGGUAUCGAAGAAACCAUGGAUGUGGGUCGGGAUUUCAUUCAUGUGAUAUCUCGGCUCAUGUCCAAUCACUACACUGGGCUCGCAAAAAGCGGUAUCUGCGCCUGUGGUAACGGUUAUCACGAUAUCGAACAUAUUGUCUGGGCAUGCGCCGAGUACUGUUCUGCCAGAUCUCAACUAUUGGAUCCCCUUUGGGCUCGAGGAAGAUCACUCAAUAUCCCGGUUCGAGAUAUACUGGCAAGCCGCGAUCUGCUCUAUAUGUCCCUCAUCAUUCUAAGAAGUGCCCUCUUCCGCCUACCGUACUGCAACGAUGGUUUGAUGGGACUCCAAGACAACACAAAAUAUCUCUGUCGAAUGACCCAACAAACACGAGACCUACAGCACAACAUCACACGCGCAAUGCGCUGUGUUGCCGAUCUGCAUCUGAGCCGUACUACGAAAUCGUCUGGAGAAACCCCUACCGGCUCGAGGAAGACCGCCCGGCGUCCCCAUAUGGGAACUGUGGGUAAGACGGACAGGUGGGGUAGGACGGACACAUGGUUAUUUUAGGGAUAUAACAUUAAAACUUCAAUUGUAUUGUAUGUGUACUCUAUCAUUAUGGGUAACCUUGAAUUAUGAAACACUUAGUAGGCCUUGAAUACUGCUAAACGAAUACAAUUUAAGCAAAUAUUGAUAAUCGGUAGUGCUGUUUUGUGCGGAUGUAAUUUAAAAGUUUCCGAUUUUAAGGUUUAUCGAUGAAAAAAUCAAUUCUUUCGCGGAGUUUUUCCUUUGUUUCGAUAAAGUAACUUUUAAGUGACAUCUUCGUGGAAAAUAACAGGUAAGUUUAUUUAUGCGUGA